AUUUGACCAGAGAGUGUGUUCAAGCGAAGCGUUGUAGAAGAAAAGACAAAGUUUUGGAAUAAGCGGAGCAAAACCUAGACAGGCCCGUGUAAGAUGGAGAUUUGUUUUAAAGAUUUAUCAAAUCAAUAACUACUAACCUAAGCAAGUAACGAAGCCGUGGCUCUCACAAAUUAGCCCAAAUCCUCAAAUUUCACCAAAAGUCUUCGAAUUUAUUCUCCAGUAUCAGUUUCUCUGGGAAAAAGUUCUACUUUUGCGGACUCUGAGGAAAUCUUUUGUAUCUGUACACCAUUCAUGGGUUAAUCCGAUUAAACCCGUGUUGCUCCGUUAGGGUUUAAGAGAAUUGCCGCCUUCACCGGCCAUGGCUGCUAAACUUGUGUCCUCCUCGGCUUCUUCUUUGGUUCCAUCCAUUUUCUCGCCGUUUCAACCUCGGAGUUCCUUUCAGGUUAUGAUAAAAUGAAAUCAAGUGUUGGUUUCAUUUGUUGUUGUUGAUGAGGUUAUUACCUGCUGUUUCUUGGUCUUGGGAAGCCCAUGUUUAUGGAUAUUUGCUGAUAUUUGUCGUCUCCAAACUUCAGUUUCGUUCACCGAGGGUUCAGCCUGCUCAUCUCCAUUGUUACCAUUCUCUGCACCUUAAAACUGAUAAAAUUGGCUCUCUUCACAUUUCCUCAAGAGGCCAAAAACCAAGCGAAGUCUCCCGAAAGAGAACUUAUUUGCCUCUUGCUACUUCAGAAGAAAAGUUCCACUACACUGAAGAUACAACAAAUGAUCCAGACACAGUAAGUCCCCAAAUUGGCACCGAAGCUACACCUAGAGAUGAUGAUUCAACUAUCCAAUACAAUAGAAAUGACGGGAAACCGGGUUUCAUUUCGUUUUACAAUCCUCGGAAUAAAACUGAGGAUAUCAUUAUCCCCCCUGAAACUCAAAGUCCAUGGGGACGCCUGCUCUGGCUCAUUGGUCCUGCAGUCUUAGUCUCCUCUUUCAUUUUACCUCCAGUUUACUUACGAAGAAUAGUCUCAGCAGUUUUUGAAGAUUCUUUGCUCACAGACUUCCUCAUCCUGUUCUUCACCGAGGCUCUCUUCUACUGCGGAGUCGCUGCAUUUCUUCUGAUAAUAGACCGCUCAAGAAAAGGAUCCGGAAAAGUUCCCCAGAACCGAAUCAAUCCUUCUCAGUUAGGACAAAGAAUCUCCUCUGUAGCAACAUUAGUGCUGAGUCUCAUGAUUCCAAUGGUGACAAUGGGAUUCGUCUGGCCAUGGACUGGACCUGCAGCAUCAGCUACUCUUGCACCAUACCUCGUUGGUAUCGUUGUUCAGUUUGCAUUCGAACAGUACGCAAGAUAUCGUAACUCUCCAUCAUCUCCUAUCAUCCCCAUCAUCUUUCAGGUAUACAGACUUCAUCAGCUGAACCGAGCGGCGCAACUAGUAACAGCAUUGUCAUUUACGGUUAAAGGAGCAGAGGCAACAGUUAAUAAUCUGGCAAUCAAGAAAUCACUGGGCACACUUUUGAAUGUGAUACAGGUUUUGGGUGUGAUUUCAAUCUGGUCUAUAUCUAGCUUCCUCAUGUGGUUAUCAUCACCUUCCCAAAACCAGUCUUGAUGUAUGAAAACAUCUUUCUUAUUAUUAUUACAGAGAAGAGAAUAACACAGAUCUGUCUCGAGUUCUUAACUGUAAAAUCCUUUACCUUUUUAAA